UCGGUCCGCGGUCGUUCGUUGUUGCGUUUUGCUUCGCCGUCUGGCGCCUGGCUCGCUCGCGGAGGACGUUUGAUUACAGUUGUGUUUAUAAUAAAUGGCUUUCAUCUGUUUAUAAGAUAUUGAAUUUGUUACGAUUUGUAAUAACUAGUCAAUGUAACUAUGUCGGUGUUUAUGAACUUAAUUUAUACGAUUUACAUGUAUUAGUGCAACAGGCGAUUGUAAGUCGCAAAGGGUUCGUGUAAACAGAGAACGUUGUAAUUACAAUAUGCCUACAGACUCGGAAUGCGAAUGCGACCUGGUGUCGAAGGAGUGGUUACUGGCGAAGUUGCGCUCCGACGAAAGGGAUACUGUUCUGAUAGAUUGUCGCGGUUCGAACGAGUAUUCAAUAUCUCACAUCCGUUCCGCAGUGAAUUUCUCGAUACCCAGUAUAAUGCUGCGGCGGUUGGCAGCGGGCAAGAUCGAGCUCGUGUCCACAGUGCAGUGUAAAGAGCUUAAGGCGAGGAUUGCGCAUUGCCGUACGCGGGGCAUAUUCGUGUUGUAUGGUGAUGGAGUUCCUCGGGACCCGGACUCGGUGCAUGGGAUCCUGCUUCGGAGGCUCAAGCAAGAUGGCGUGCAGGUCGUCUGCCUUGAAGGUGACUUCGCGGAGUUCCGGCGAUCAUACCCCGAGUGGUGCAGCGAGGCGGGGGCACAGCACGUGCCGCAUCUACCGCUCAUGGGACUACGGUCGCUCCGCAUCUCUGGGUCUGGGUGUGAGGAGGCGCUGUCGUCGGGCUCGUCGUCAGAGUGCGAGGAUGCGCACGCGCACGUGCCGCAGGACUUCCCCAUCGAAAUCCUGCCCAACCUGUACCUCGGGAACUCCACCAACAGCGAGGACUGCGACGCGCUCGCCAGGCACAAUAUAAAGUAUGUGCUGAAUGUGACCCCGGACCUGCCUAACACGUUUGAAGCAGAAGGUUGCGGCAUCAACUACUUGAAGAUACCCAUCGCUGACCACUGGAGUCAGAACCUCGCUGUGCACUUUCCACAGGCCAUAAGAUUUAUUGAGGAGGCGAUGUCGGCGCGGUGCGGCGUGCUGGUGCACUGCGUGGCGGGCGUGUCGCGCUCCGUGACCGUGACGCUGGCCUACCUCAUGCAGCGCCACCGCCUGUGCCUGCGCGACGCCUUCGAGCUGGUGCGCUCGCGCAAGACGGACAUCGCGCCCAACUUCCACUUCAUGCGGCAGCUGCACUCGUUCGAGCGCGACCUGGGCCUGCACGAGCACAGCGCCAGUCUGAGUAAGGUGCUGGCGGCGCUGGGCGUGCGUGAGGCGGCGGCCGAGGCGGCGCCCGCCGACUGCGGCUGCGCGCCGCCCGCCGGCGUGUCGCCCGACUCCGGCAUCGAGUUCGACCGCUGGAGCGCCGCCCGGGACACGCCGCAAUGACAGUUCUUCACGCCGCCGCAGCCCCCGCCGCAGUCGCCGCAGCCGCAGCCGCCGGCCUGAGCUGCCCCGCGCGGCCGCCUGCCCGGCUGUACACCCGGCUACCGGCCCGGCUGCCCGCCCGGCUACCGGCCCGGCUGCCCGCCCGGCUGUAUGCCCGGCUGUCUGUCUGCGUUUCGCCGCGGCUAGUCGCGACGCACCGUCGGCUGUGGUUUUAUUUUUUAGUCGUAAGUGAGUCGGAUUAUAGUAUAAAUACACUUUAUACGUAUUUGUUAAGUCAAUUUUAUAAGUUCCACAUAUAUAUGAAUGUACGACUUGAGAUGCAUUCCCGAGUAAUCUUCCGUAGAGUUGUUCGUUAUAUGUCAGUGAGAAGACUGUGCGCGCAUUGUAAUGAAUUACUUUUAUUGGUUUAAAAAUUAGAAAUCGUUGAAUGCGUUGUGUUGUCCAUUAAAUGUUUUUAACCUCUGUGAGGGUAAGCCGAGCGCGCGCCGGCGGCUGCGGCUCCGGCGUCGCUGCCAUCAGUCUACAAAAAUACAUACUUAUACAGUAACAAGGUAUUAUUUACUAAGAUUGGAUUUAUGAUUGUUCAGUUCAUAAUUUUACAUUAAGUCCAUUUUUCUUAGAAAAUUAUAAUGACACGGGGCUUCUGAUAAUUCUUCCAUUGUUGUUGAUAUAUGUAUAUUGUAUUGUAUGAGAGUGAGUGCGCGAACGUGCGUGUGAUAUUAUUGUAUAGUCGUAACUAUUGGUCGUAUAAAUACUAUAUUUACAAGUUUGAUCGUAACACUCUCCGAGCACCGCCGCGCGCCGCCGCGAGCGUCGCUUAUCAGUUUCCAUGAUUGUAUGUUGAAUAAAUAUUUUAUACGAAAAAAAUAUAGAAUGGAUGGACUAUUUGAAUUUAUUUUUAUAUUUGUUUACUACAAUCCGUCUUAGAGUUAGCAGCAAAACAAUAGAGUAAUACCAUGUUAUAAGAAGUGGUCAGGUACAAUAAGUGUGGAAUCUAUUUAUGUAAAUUCACACCUACUGCGUAACAGUUCGAUUGGUAAGCUCUUGAUAUGACUAUUUUUAUAUGGAUUAUAAAUAAACAGUGUAUGUACUCUAGCUAGAUAGAAUGUGCCGUAACUAUCAAUAACGGCGCUGUUAAGCUCAGCUCGCUGCCCACACGUACCCUUUGUAUUGCAUACAUGUUACGUGCUUCAUUAGCCCUAUAUGCGUCCUAUAACUAAUCAGUUAUUAAUAUCGAUUGAAUAAACAAGAUUGUUUAUUUGGAAAAAAAGUGUUAUCAAUUUGUAUACCUUAAUAAAGAGAGGUAUUGAAUUGUAUACUUUACAGAAACUUAAAUGUUACGUCAAGAGUAUGGAUUCGUCAUCUAUUCGUGGCGUAGUUUUGUGUAUGUGGGUUGCUAUUUGUGUUAAAUUUUCACAACUGUAAUUUCCGAAAAAUUGGUUGAAAUGUCGUGAUUUAUAGCUGGACAUAGACAAAUUGUAUACUUAACAACAGUUUUUUCACAUGACGCUUCAUAUAAUCGAAUAAGUUGGGCAGUGGGCCAGCGAGCUUGUUCUGUAACUGCAGCAAACAGAUCCUCCGCCUCGUAGCUGGGCAAAGACAGUAAAUACGUGAUAUUUUAAUUUUACUAUAUCGAUGUUUCCAUUGGCAUUUAUCAUUUACUGACUUGAACUAUAAUUAUAUAUUUUUCUAUACGUUACGUAGUUUCAUGAGUUUUAAUAUUUAGUAUGUAAAUAAAAGGCAAGCUUUAAUAUUAAGUAUAUGUUAAUUAUGAUUAUGAGAAUGUAGAAAAAUUGUUACAAUGUAAAUUUGUUAUAGAUUAAGACUUAAUUGAGAUUCUGCUUCCUUAACAUUGAAUGCCAAUUUAUUACAUAGGUUUGGUCGCGAAACCAAACAGUUAGCGAACAUAUUUGUUACAUAUUUUUGUAACUUUAACGUCGAGAUCUAUUAUUUUUAAACUCUAAAUCUUCCACAUUAUAUAACUUUAUAGUUAUCUAUCAACACUACAAGUUUUAGCGAAGUUGUAAUUUUAAGUCACAAUUCAAAAAGAGUAACGUGGAAGGUUAUGCCAAAGUUCACCGUCAUUUAAAAUUACGUCACCCAAAAUAAAGAAUGUUAAUGUCCACCGCUACUAACUAAAACGUCGGUAUUUUAAGUUAAGAACUAUAAGUUUAAUCGUUUGGUACAAACCGCCUUUACAUUCUGAAUGUUUCUAAUUGCACUAUAUAUUGUAAAGUUUUAUAUUUCUAGGUAUAAUGUAAUAUUAUUGUAGUGCACAAACUAAUGUCUGGUCCGUGUCGAAGAUGCCAAGGGUGGAUCGAUCUAGACAGAAUCAUAAACCUAAUUAUGUAUAUAAUAUUGAAACCCUUCUGUUAUGAUAUGAAACUCAUGUUAACUGAUGAUGUUGAUAAUGUUUUAGAAAUCUUUUAGUGCUUUUUCCUAAAGGUACCUAAAGCCACAAGGCACACGUAAUAUUAACCUCAAAACAAAUAUAAACACUGUUAAUCUAUUA